GCAGGAAUUGUACGCAAAACGAAAUGGUCAAAACGUGAAGAAGAACGAGCAAAACAAGAUGCGAUCAAACAAAAAGAACGUGAAAUGCGUCAAGCAAAAGAAGAUAUCGCUCAACAAAAACGUGAUCAGAUUUUGGAAAGAAAACGAAAAAAGGAGGAAAGAGAACGUUUAGAUGCAAUGGCUGCGAAGAUGAGUCGCAAAAAGUUGGAUCGCAAACGCAGGCGGAUGGGAUUGACGAAAAAGGUGGCGCAUUGA